AUGCUUUAUUAUUUAACCUUACAUGAUCACAAUUAUGAUACUACUACUACUACUACUACUACUACUACUACUACUACUACUACUACUACUACUACUACUACUACUACUACUACUACUACUACUACUACUACUACUACUACUACUACUACUACUACUACUACUACUACUACUACUACUACUACUACUACUACUACUACUACUACUACUACUACUACUACUACUACUACUACUACUACUACUACUACUACUACUACUACUACUACUACUACUACUACUACUACUACUACUACUACUACUACUACUACUACUACUACUACUACUACUACUACUACUACUACUACUACUACUACUACUACUACUACUACUACUACUACUACUACUACUACUACUACUACUACUACUACUACUACUACUACUACUACUACUACUACUACUACUACUACUACUACUACUACUACUACUACUACUACUACUACUACUACUACUACUACUACUACUACUACUACUACUACUACUACUACUACUACUACUACUACUACUACUACUACUACUACUACUACUACUACUACUACUACUACUACUACUACUACUACUACUACUACUACUACUACUACUACUACUACUACUACUACUACUACUACUACUACUACUACUACUACUACUACUACUACUACUACUACUACUACUACUACUACUACUACUACUACUACUACUACUACUACUACUACUACUACUACUACUACUACUACUACUACUACUACUACUACUACUACUACUACUACUACUACUACUACUACUACUACUACUACUACUACUACUACUACUACUACUACUACUAUUUUACUGAAAAAUGUAUAUUAUAUAUUGUAG